AUCACGUGUUUGCCUCCAGUCGGGUGCCGGCUGUCAUUGCGCAAGCUCCACCCCUCAGCGAGGCCCUGCUAGGCGGACCAGGUGAGCAGGCCCGCUCCUGGAAGCUGCAGCAGCAAUACCGCCUCGCUGCUGGCCGGCCCUCUGCACCCCGCACUCCAGCGCGGGCCGGGACCGCCACUGGUGUGACUGAAGAGCUGACAUUUCUUCCAUUCUUUGCAGAUAUCCAUUUACUAAGUGACUGUGUCUAAUGGCAGCGAUACGAUGGAUUAUUUGUCUUUAAUAGAAAAGUCUGAUUUGAAUAUGGACUUGAAGAUCUUGAAUAUCAGUUGCAGCCCUGGUGAUGUACUUGUAAAAUUCCAAGGACAGUACAUGUCGGACUGUGAAUUUGACUAUCACAUAUUACAGAAGGAAAUACAGCUGGUUCAAAAAGUGAAUGAGGACAUCGGCAUUGGAGCAUUUUGUUUGGCGCAAGAUAAGCCUUUUGGAGAAUGGUACAGGGGAAAAAUUUGGGAUAAAGUUAAACAGACUUUUGAAGUAGCUCUUAUAGACGUUGGGAAUGUAGUCAAAGUUGGUCUUCCGCAAAUUGCGUUGGCUUCUGGCGAAUUGUUCACCCUUCCACCAAAAGUGGUGAACGGAAUCUUUUCGAACUUACUACCACUUGAAGAGAAAUGGACCUUAAGAGCCGUCAAUUAUUUUUCAUCCCUGGCUGGUCAGCAGCUCAGUGGACAUGUGCAAAUCUUCUUGCCCCACCAAGUUGUUGUGUUACAAGUCCCGAAAGUCAUCGGCCAUGCCAUAGAGUUCAGUUUGGCGAGGUAUGUGGAUUCCGACUCCUUCUGCCUCCUUGUAGAAAUUAUUCAGAAAGUCCCAGCAAACUCUCAUUGCAAGCAAAUGCCUGACUUGCUUCCACAAAAGCAGUCUCCUGAUAUAUCUUUCACUUUGCAUGACAAUCUUCCACGCUUCCAGAAGAUACUGGAUCACCUAAGGCCUGAUAUUUGUGUUGGCACCAUGGAAAAAAUUAAAAUCUCAGCUGCGGUGAGUCCAGACCGGUUUUAUUGUCUCAUUUUGUCGUGGGAGGAAGCGUUAAACAAGCUGACGGCUUCUAUGUGUUCCCACUAUGGAACUGUUCAAACAAGAGACAGUUCUGCAAUCGGCAGUUUUGGAGUCGUGUGUGCUGCCCAGAGAAGAGAUGGCAUAUGGUGUAGGGGAAUUAUCCAGACACUUAUCUCGGUUAGCGAGGUCAAAGUAUGGUUUAUUGAUGUGGGUAGUAGUGAAACAAUAUCAUCCUCUUGUGUUCAGAAGCUAGAACCAGAAUUCCUAUCGUUGCCCAUGAUGGCUAUCCCGUGUGCAUUAUCUCCUGAAAAUGAUCAUAUAGAUGGUGUCAAAAAUGGGCAGCUAGCGCUGUUUAAGGAGGCCCUGAUGGGGCACAUUGUCAUUGCCUAUUUAAACAAUUUCUGUAGUGACAGACGUCUGUUUUUCAUAUCGCUGUAUGAUAAGGAAUAUGAACUUAGCACAAGCUGUCAUCUGACUAACAAGGAAGUUCCAUUUUUUUCUCCCAACUCUUAUACGGACGUUGUAAAGUCUGAAUAUGAUGCAAAAGAGCCAGAAAUAGUGUUGCCCAAGGCUUCAUCAUUGAAUCAAGAAGAAACCAUUUCCUUCAAAUCUAUACAGAUGGAUCUGGAAUCGGUCCAUGUAGUUUAUGUUGAGUACGUGCUGAACCCUUCGGACUUUUGGGUUAGAACCGAUGACUGUCAGAUCGAGUUUUCUGCCAUGAUGGCCGAGAUUGCUGAACAAUACACUAAAUGUGAGCUUAUGGAAAUGGUGAUGGAAGAUCCAAAGCCAGGACAACUGUGCUGUGCAGUUUAUUCGAAAGACCGGCACUAUUACAGAGCUGUCAUCACGGAAGUCUUCCAUCCUCAAAUUUGUGUUUAUUUCAUAGACUUUGGGAAUACAGAGAUGAUUCCUUUCUACGACGUCAAGAUUUUGUUGCCGCACUUCAGCGUUUUGCCCGCAUUGGCGAUGUGCUGCACUCUGGCGCAUGCAUAUCCCCUCGAAGACGUGUGGAUCAAUAGUGCAAAUGAUUACUUUAAAGAAAUAGUGGUGGGGAAAGAGCUUCUCUGCCAUGUUCUCACAAAACAGAAAUACAAGUAUGUAGUUGAACUGCGCCUUUUGGAUAACUCAGAAUCUUCAGACAUUGUCUCUCUUCUGGUCCAGGCUGGAUAUGCAGAACUCUGGAAAAUUAACUUAAAUUCAAGCUCUUUAAAUUCAGAGUGCAGUUCCCCAGAAAAAGGGACAAAAUGUGAAAAGAAAGUCAUUAGUAGUGUAGCUGCUAAAAGCCACAAACCAAAAGCUGAUAAAGACGUAACAAUCGGCACUUGGACCUUGAAACUAAAAACAACGGAGACAAAGUUUUCAUUCUGCGCCCCACCAAAUGAUUGUCUCGCGCCCAGUGUUACUCCUAUUUGUUAUAAGCAAUAUAUCUUUACACCUGGGGCUAUUAUGGAUGUGAGGUGUUGCCACGUGGAGUCACCGGGAAACUUUUGGUGCCAGAUGUCCGAUAACCUUCCCAAAUUAGAUUCAUUAAUGGACAAUAUACAGAGGCUUUAUCUAUCUUGUAGUAGCAGGUAUCAACAUGGACAAAUUGCCUGUAUUGCGAAGUCUUCAGGCAUGGGCAAGUAUUGCAGAGCAGCUGUGGUGAAACAGGUUUCAAGAAAUCGAGUCAAUGUUGUGUUUGUGGACUAUGGAAAUAGUGAGAGUGUGUUGGUGUCAGAACUCAGAGAAAUUAAAGCAGAACUUCUUGACCUAGAAGGCCAGGCAUUUAGAUGCUGCCUGAGUAAUGUAUUGUCUCCUUCCCACACACAACACACAUGGUCUGGGAAAGCAUGUGAAGACUUCAAAAUUUAUGUCGGUUCAGCUGCUCCGGAUGUCAUGAAAUGCACCAUUGUUGCUCUCCUUACUACUGGUUCUGGGGAUCUAUGUAACGCAAUAAAUUUAGAGACUUCCUGUGGUCAUGCAAACCAGUUACUAGCAAGUGAAGGCCAUCUAGUCUUGCGCGGAAAAGUUCCACCUAUACAUCUACAUACGUUUUGCUACUCCAGUUUUGAUAUUGAGUUGGGGCGUGCAGAAGGUGUAUAUGUAACUUAUGUUUACAGCACCGGAAUGUUUUAUUGCCAAUUUGCAAAAAAUGACCAGAUUUUUGACAUGUUAAUGAAGAGAGUAUUUAAGUUAAGUGAGAAGAUCAAGUCGGAAAUUGUGAAUGGACCAAAGGAGCUUUGUCUUGUUAAGUACAAUCACGAUGGUAAUUUUUACCGAGCAUUGGCAUGUCCCAUAGAAUCGUCGUCUAUGUUCAUAGCCUUUUUUGUCGACUUCGGAGAUAGUCAAGUGGUGAAAAGCAAUGAGCUGUUGCCUAUUCCAGAGAAAGCUGCAGAUGUUCUGUUUCAGCCGAUGCAGGCUAUUCCUUGUUAUCUGUCUGGUUUAAAAGGAGCCCAUCUCACCACAGAAGCUAAAGCUUGGUUUGAAGAGCAAUGUGUCGGCAAACUGCUUAAUGCUGUUGUGGUAUCCAGGGACAACGAAGGACAUCUGGAAUUGGAACUGUGUUCUGGAAGCAUCUCUGUUAACAAGAAAAUAAAGGAGCUACUGUGCUUGCAUUCUUUGCAAGAGGAGACGAGCGUUUCACUAGUCACACGUUUCAACACUGCUAAGCCAGACAUUUGUGGCGGUGUCGACACAAUAAAAGAUCACAGCCAGAUUCAAAAGUCUGAUUGUCAGCAGGCAAAAAACACAUGCAAAGCAAGUACUUUAUCUGAUUUCAAUGGAAAUGAAAUACCCUUCAAACAAGAUAAGUUUAUGUCGGACAAUUCUAUAGACACUUUAUUUAGAAACGCAUUGCAGAAAGCAACUUUUUGUGAUUCUGUAGGAGCUUCAAAGCCAAGAAAUGACAUCCAUGUCAUGACUUCUACCCAGUGGCCAAUAAACCGUAAAGAACUUGUUACAUGUAUUGAUCUACCUCAAAUUGAUCUUGAAGCAGGUGAAAAUUGUCUGGUGUAUAUUUCUCAUGUAAACAACCUGUCCAAUUUUUACUUACAGCUGGCAGAAAAUGAGAAUCAGAUAAUGCAACUAGGGGAAGAUCUCAACAACAUGUCCUUCCAAACCAUUGAUUCAGUAGAUCUUGUGCAAGGUGUUUUAGUUGUGGCUCAGUAUCCAGAUGACAAUUUGUAUUAUCGAGCAGAGAUUAAAGAAAUUCUGCAAGACCGUUCAUUUAAAGUAGAGUUUAUCGACUACGGUAAUGCAGCACACGUGGAUUCUUCUUGUGUUUUUAAGAUCCCAGAAAAGUUUUGCACUAUACCCAAGUUAAGUGUGUCCGUUUUUCUCACUGGUGUACAAAAGCUUCAAAGUUCUGGCGAGUGGGGGGAAAAAGUCGUAGAAAACUUUUGCGAGAUCGUAUCUAAUGAACCGUUCAAUUGUGAGUUCCUCUGCAAACAUGACACAUGGUGGGAAGUCAAUAUAAUCUUUAAAGGGAAGUCCAUCUCAAAAGAGCUUCUUAAAAACUUUGGGUCUCCUCUUAAACAAUCCACUGGCAUUAAAAAGGACUCUAUUUCAAAGUCUGAACUCAGCUAUUUCCAUGUCUCGAGCAAAACGUUGAGAGAGGAAACAUCCAUGCCGACUACGAAUAAAAUUAUUCAUGAAUAUAAAAGUCUGAAAUUGAAGGCUGGCCAGAUAGAAAAAGUAAAACAUAUGUACGUCUCCAAUUGUGGAAUGCUGUUUGUCACCUUGACCGAUUUCUCUGACGGACCUAAACUAAAGCACCAGAUUACUGCUAAUGUGCAGAAGGAUGACAAUCACCUCUUCAUAAACCAGAUGUUGGAGGGAAUGCCCUGUUUAGCAAAAUCUGAAGUAAUGCAAAAUUGGUUCCGUGCAAUCAUCGAGGAGGUUUUUCGAGGCAAAAUGAAGAUAGCAGUUUUCUUUGUGGAUAAUGGUGCACGUGAAGUUAUAAGUGGGCACAAUGUGAAAAUGCUUACUCCUGAAGAACUGAUCAUGCCUAAGCAAGCAGUUGCUUGUAUUUGGGUGCAGAGCGAUAAAAUAGGAGAAAAUGUGUUUAAAACACAAAUACGGUCCAUUCUGCAGAAAGAAGUGCAAGUCAUAUUUCUGGAGUUUUUGGAAGCUAUCAAUGCAUGGAAUGUAGAGAUUUUAGUCAAUGGCAUAUUGCUACUGCGUUACUUUGAUAGGACCUUACAUCAAGGAGAAAACAAGUGGCGUGACACAGGUUCUCAGUUUUACUUAAACAAUAUUUUGUCUCCUCCAAUUCGUAGCGCCUCCCUCAAACUUCUACAGGCCUACCCCGGGUAUGUUACUUUGUUUCAGGACCCCUCAAAUUUCUUUGUCCAGCUUGGAGACUCCUUUGACACAAUGGCCCACGUAUCACAGUUGAUAAAAAUAUUGCCGCAUAACCCCUUGCCUUUGACUGUUGAUUCAUUAAGAGCUGGUUCUCAUUGCAUGGUCAAGUGUUUUGCAGAAACGGAGUGGUGCAGGACUGAAAUAGUGGGCAUUAACAUGACCUCGAUUCUGCUGUACCUUUUUGAUUUUGGAAUUUACAAGUCAAUCCCGUACUCGGACGUUGGCCAGCUGAAAAGGAUUCCUGAUGAGCUUGUAUCUCUGCCGUCAACGAUAUACCACUGCAUGUUGCAUGACGUGAUUCCACAAGGUGGGGCAUGUUGGUCCAAAGAAGCUAUUCUGUAUUUUAUCCAGUUUGUACAAAACCGUGACUUGAUCAUUCUGCCUAUUACAAGUGCUGGCAAAAAUAUUACAGCUGUCAUCCUUUAUGGUGAUGGAGAUUUGGCGCACAAAUUAGUUUCAACAGGACUUGCGAUACACUCCGAUCCCAAAAGAAAAUCGGCAGAAGGCGCAGUGAAUUCUUCUGCGUCAACACAUUUGUUGCCACCGCGCUCGAACACGGAACAGUAUUUACAAGAUGCUCACUGCAGUGAGAGUUCAACGUUCAAAGAGUUCUCUACACUGAAAGCAAAGUUAAAUUCUACUGACCUGCAAUGGAACCAAAAGUAAAUGUAUUCACCUACUGCUUCUGUCCAGAGAAUAUUUUACCGGGUGAGAACGGUGGAUAAGCCGCCAAGCACAACACAAGUUUCAUUUGCUGUUGAAACAGCCAGGAAUGACAAUAACUAAGAGCCAUUAUUUGACACAUUGCUUUCUCUACAGCCAGUGGACCAUUAUUGAAAGUUAACGUUAAGAGUUUUGGAAAGCAAAAGUUUAUAUUUAAAAUCUCUUUGAGGAUAUCUUCAGUUCCUAUGGAUUCUUUUAUUUUUUUUUAUUAUUUUAGCAAAAUGCUGUCCCCUUAUUUAUUUGAUGAGCAUUAACAGUUUGUUUAAUAGAAUAUUCAUGUGUUGUAACAUUUAAUUUAUUGUCUAUCUUGCAUUUUGGUCAUUAAGAAAAAACAGCACACAGCUUACUUUAGAAAACGUAUUGAAGCUAGCAAAGUGCAGAAUUGGUCAACAGGCUGAAAAGUUGUCAUGCAGCCUUCACUGGCCGCAUGUACUAUAAGCACUGGCGUUUCAAUAAUGUGUGCGCUGCACACGGGCCCCUGAGUCCAGAGGGGGCCCCCACCGCACACGCACCCAUUUUCUGAAUACUCACCCCUCCGGAGUCCCGCGGCGACGUCCACGGCGGUGUUAAAACUGUCCGCUGGGCCAUUUUCAAGGAGUUCUGCGCAUGCGCAGUAGUGAAAUCUCAGGGAAAAUGGCUGCCGCGCCAUUUUCCCGGAGAUCUGCGCAUGCGCAGUAGAGUCUGAGCGCUCUAGUGCUCAGACUCUCAGCGCUGCUGUCAGGAGGGGUCCCGAACGGAGGAGGCUGCACCUGAGCCGCCUCCUCUCUUAAAACGCCCCUGACUAUAAGUGAAACUUUCAAUUGGUGUACUUGUAAAUGUUUGUGUGUUUUAAUAUGUUCAUCACCCAGGGACAUUCUCGGUAACUGCAAAUCACACUAUCGCUGGUCUGGUACAAGGCAUCCAGCCCGAAAUCCGUGCAAGCUGGUGCACAAUAUAAUGUCUUGGUAUAAUAAAAUAAAUAUAUAUAUUAAAUAAAAGUUUGGAAGUGGGAUUUAUGCACCACUUCUGUGUCCCUUAUGGGAAAUGUAGAAAUGUAUCAGUUGUAAUUUAGUGGUAUUAUGAUUUGCCGUUAUAAGGAAAGCGAUAAAUUGCUAGUGUUUUAGGUGUUUUGUAGGAGAUUUGUAAGCAAAUUUUCUGCAUACUUACUAUUAGAGAUGAGCGGGUUCGGUUUUACCCAAAUCUCCUUAUUGGCUAUCGGACGUCACUUGUUUUGGUUAGCCAAUAAGAAAAAUCCAGAAUAUAAGAAAUGGCGAUAAUUCUGGCGUAAAGAACCGAGUAAAUCAGAACCCGCUCAUCUCUACUUACUAUGCAUGCCUCACUUCUGAUUAAAAGUAUUCACAGACCACACUAUUUUUAAGUGUUCCAGCAAUUGGUUCAAUGCUAUUUUAGCUCAAGAGCCUGCAUAUGAAAGUAGCGAUGAGAUGCUUGAUUCACAAUGUGUUUUUCCUACACCCAGUAGAGACAGCCGAUCGCGCCACUAAGAAAUGGUUGUGGCACUGAGACAUUUUGAGGCUCAUGCCUCAGUGUUGUCAUUAAUUCCUGGUGAAUUAUGAGACCAAACCCAGAAAAUAGCAGUUGCUACUGAGUGUAGGCUAUAGUUCUAACUUUCCUUAACUGUAAUGGAGAUGUGGUACAGUGUUCUGCCAAUGAAUCAAAGAGGAAUUUACCUUAAGCUUCUUUUCCACCACAUAAACCUCUGGAAAUCUGACAGCUGGAUGGUGUAACGUUAGAUGAUUAUAUACUCUAAAGAAGCUUUUCUUUUUUUCUUUCAUUCCGAUCUAUAUAUGUUUGUCAAAAUGUAAAGAAAUGUUUAAUUUAACUUUUGGAAAAUAUUAAAGAAAUUCAAAUCCUGUA